UUCUCUUUAGUUUCAAGAAACAAUACGUUAAGAUAUUCGUGCCAUAGGAGGAAAAUCAUUAAUCAUUAUUAUCCGAGGGAAGCUCGGUAUUAAUAUUUGUAUUGACAGAAUCAUAAUCCUGACUGAAUAUGAGUGUGACUACUACAUAAACAGGACAAAAUGGCGGACGAUUCAUUACCAGUAGACCAACCCAUGAAGUACCAUCCAACUGACUCUCCUAGGGGAACACUCUACUACAAUCUGGAAGAGCUGACCGAAAACCAGCAGAUCCAGCUGAACGCCCUGAAAAUCAACACUAUAAGAGAGGACGAAAAAUACUUGGCAACUCAUCCCGAGGUCAGAGCCAUCAUUGUCUUGCUACUGAGAGUACUGCUGAGAAGGAGACCUAUGAUAAAGGUCCAUGAGUUCAUAGCGAAAUUUUUCAAUAGGAGCGAAUCAGAUAUAGCAGAUGAUGUACAAGAAUACCUUGAUUCUAGGAAGGACCAUGUGUACGAAGAUCGAAGCGCUGUUGAAAUUUCAGUGAACAGGAAAAUUAUGAAAGGUGAGAGAGAGGAGAUCGUUCCAGACAGGCCCUUGGAUUAUAUUUGUGCUGAGGAUUGCGUCUGUGACCAUGCAAUGGAAUGGAAGUUGCCCUUCGAGGCCCAUGACAAUAUGAGUUUUACCGAGACCGAGCACUGGUUGACACCCAAGAGCAGCAAGACCUCAAUGACCCUGGAUGACAGCCAUCAUGGAGGCACAACUGACGAGUACUUUAGCUUGACGGAUCUGGCCAAAGUGAUCGGAGCAGAAGAAGGCGAUUACGGUGAAGAAGGAAUGGAAGCUGGUGACGGAAGACACGUGGUUCAGAACGAGGAUGACGAUGAAGCAGAGUUUUUCAUGGGAUUGAGUUCGAGCGAAGUUAUAAAGAAAGAAACUUCUGACAAUCCAGUAGGAGAUGACAAUUAAGUUGGUACUCAAACUAAAUGAGACGAGAAGAAAAUGAGAAAAAACAAUUCGAAGAAGUUAAAUUUUAUUAAAAGGUUUCCUAGGAUUCAUUUCCAAUCUCAUUUUAGCAAUUAUAUUAAUGUGUUUUAAUAAACGUAAAUAUGGAUAUUA